CGUAAAUGUCGAAUUUGGAGUUAACAAUAGCCUAUGUUAAGGCAAUACAAACCAAGCCACAACAAGACGUGACUCGUUCCUAAAAUAAGCAUCGUGUUUUUUUUUUUAUCCGUUCAUCUCAUGCAUUCUUCAUGUGGUUAUAUCAAAAGGAAGUUUUUUGUGCAGUGGAGCGCUGGAUUGUGUCCGAAUUAAGUCAUCAACAAACAUCGCUGCUAUUUGAUGAAUUACAUUAUGCGGUUUCUGUUUCAUUCCUAAACAUAGUUUACACGGCAGGGACUUUUUUUUGGCUUUGUGAAGUCGGGAAAAGCAUAACAAAGAACCCCCACUGGCCUCAUUGUUCGUUGGGUUUUAGUGAGCAGAAGAUUUAGAUUUAAGUGCAUCGGCCUACAUCUGUUCUGGGUCUUUGCGCAAUGUUUCUUGGGAUAUAGGCCGAACAAAUGUUUCUACUUGAAUUCCAGAAAUUCCCAAGGAUGUCUUUGAACUCCGCCCAGGACCGCAGGACUGGGGUGAGGGUGGCCAUCAAGAAGCUCCACAGACCCUUCCAGUCGAAGCUCUUUGCCAAGAGGGCCUACAGAGAGCUCCGGCUCCUCAAGCACAUGAAGCACGAAAAUGUGAUUGGACUGCUGGAUGUGUUCACUUCUGAGAUCUCAUUGGACAGGUUUCAUGACUUUUACCUGGUAAUGCCACUCAUGGGUACUGAUCUGGGGAAACUGAUGAAGAUGGAGAGAUUGUCACAGGAGAGGGUGCAAUUCCUUGUCUAUCAAAUGCUGAGAGGACUCAAGUAUAUCCACUCUGCAGGGAUCAUCCACAGGGAUCUCAAACCUGGAAAUUUAUCUGUCAACGAAGACUGUGAGCUGAAGAUCCUUGACUUCGGGCUGGCUCGGCAGACAGACACAGAGAUGACGGGGUACGUCGUCACUCGCUGGUACAGAGCCCCCGAGGUAAUCCUCAAUUGGAUGCACUAUACCCAGACUGUGGAUAUCUGGUCGGUGGGCUGCAUCAUGGCGGAGAUGCUGCUGGGGAAGCCGCUGUUCAAAGGAAAUGACCACCUGGACCAACUGAAAGAGAUCAUGAAGAUUACUGGUACACCCACUGCAGACUUUGUUACGAAGCUACAAAGCCAAGAUGCCAAAAACUACAUACGGAGCCUUCCCAAAGUACUAAAGAAAGAUUUGCACUUUCUUUUUUCCAAAGCUAGCUCAGACGCGGUUUGUGUGCUGGAGCGCAUGCUGUUGCUGGACCCUGAGAGGCGGGUGAGUGCGUCAGAGGCGCUGGCCAUGCCCUUUUUCAGCGAGUUCAGAGAACCAGAGGAGGAGACUGAGGCUCAGCCCUACGAUCACUCCAUGGACAACACAGACCUGCUCCUGGAGCAGUGGAAACGUCACACAUUCACAGAGAUUCUGUCCUUCAGGCCUGCAGCAACAGAGACCAAGGACCCCAAAGAGACAUCACUCUGAGAGUACACACAUACCUCUCAAUACCUGUCAAUUAUUAUUAUAAGGCAUUGUUGUAUUGUUGUACAGAUGUAAUGUGAAUACAAUGUACAGAAUGUAGUUUAUUGAUUAUAAAUUGAUUUUUUGACAAA